AUGGAAGCGUAUAGACCUGUUUUGGGUACGGUAUUUGCUAAAGAGGAAGAUGCAGCUUCCAUGUAUCAGUUAUAUGCUGAGAAAGCUGGGUUUGAUAUUAGGUUGUCGACAACUAAGAAAUCAAAAGAUGGCACUGUUACACUUAGGUAUAUUGUUUAUAGUAGAUCGGGAAAGCCCACUUGCCAAAAUGUUGAUUCAAUGGUUUUAAAGUCAUCUUCCAAGUUGCCUCGUAGCACUAAUUACAAGGUUUCAGACUGUAAAGCUAAAAUAAAGGUUAAAGUUUUCAAGGGUUAUCCUAGUUUACGGUUAUAUGAAUUUGUUGAGUCUCAUAAUCACCCGUUAGUUUCAAUUGAGAACAUGGAUUUGACAUGCAAGAGGCGGCAACUAGAAUUUAGCGACCAAGAUUUCAUUCAUAGACUAAGUUUUGCUAAAGUUGGUCCGUCAACUGCCUUUAAGAUGCAAACUGUUUUGACAGGGGGACAACACAACUAUAAUAUGAUUUUUGUUCCUUUUACGUGGGUUGAUCACCAUAAGAAUUGCGUAACAUUUGCGACUGCUCUUCUUUAUGAUGAAACUAUUGAAUCGUUCACAUGGAUGUUGGAACAAUUUCUUGAAGCACAUGGUAAACAACCGAGGCUAGUGUUAACCGACCAAGACCCGGCAAUGAAACAAGCCAUAGCUAAAGUUUUCAAUGAAUCUUUCCAUCGUCUUUGUAUGUGGCAUAUUAUGGAUAAACUUCCUCAAAAGAUUAAUGGUGAUGUGUUACAGAAUACCAACUUGAGGCAUCACAAGUGGUUGUCUGAUAUGUUUUCUAUUAGAGAUCAGUGGGUCCCAGAAAGCUUUAAGCUUAUGUCAGAGGCGCUGAAUUUAGCUCAGCAAUGUGGUGAUCAAUUACGGGGUGAUUCAGUAAAGCUUGCUUGGUUUGUGGAACAAAUCAAGGCUAUUAAGAACAAAAUUUUUGAAGAGGUCCCAAGUGAUCCAAGUUCUAAGAAUAAAGGUGGUGUCUUUGAAGAAUUGGUAGGAGAAUUGCAACCUGAUAGUGUUUCUUUUGUGGCUCCCCAGGGUAUUAGGAAUAAAGGAUGUGGGAAAUCUGCUCGUUUGAUUGGCCUGGGAGAGAAAGCCAAGAAAAAACAAAAACGUAAACAAAGUCACAGUGACGAAGAUAAUGAUGAAGAAAAUGAUGAAGAUAGCGAUGAAGAUGAAGAUAGCGAUGAAGAUAGCGAUGUAGAUAGUGAUGAAGAUAGGGAUGAAGAUAGCCACGAAGAUAGUGAUGGUGAAUGA